AUGGAUCCUAUACUGAUUGUCGGCGCCGGAAUUGUUGGCCUAACACUUGCGCAAGCAUUGAAAAAGAAGGGAAUUGCCUUUGAGAUUUACGAACGUGAUGUGAACCCCGAAGCCCGUGGUCAAGGAUGGGCAAUCACGAUCCACUGGGCAUUAGAAUCUAUGUUCAAAAUGCUGGACGAGUCAACUCUAUCGCGCAUUCAAGAUGUUCAGGUGGAUCCGGAUGUGGCCCGGAAUGACAGCGGCAAUUUCCUCUUCAUCAAUCUCGAGACUGGAGAGCCGAGAUACAAAAUCCCACCUAAUGUCCGAUGGAGAGUAAAUCGCGAGAAGAUGCGGCGUGCGCUGAUGAAUGGGAUUGAGGACCAUAUUCACUGGGGUCAAAAGGUCACCGGCCUCAAUGUACCGAAGGACGAAAAUCAAGUCCAACUUCUACUUGAGGACCAAACGAAUGUCACAGGAAGCCUUGUCGUUGGUGUUGAGGGUAGUCGUUCUAUAGUGAGGCAGUUCCUCCGGCCUGACGCCUUUGACAAUCAAAGCCUUGGAAUCAACUUCACAGGAGUCGCCGUGGAUCUGACACCAGAACAGAUCAAACCGCUGCGCGAAAUGGAUCCACUAUUAUUCCAAGGCUGUUAUCCACCAACCGGAGCCUUCUUUUGGUUCUCAAUGCUCGAAACACCACAAGUUAAUGGAACAAAGGGAACGCAUGCAGAGCGAUACCGUGCACAGAUUUGUAUGUCCUGGCCGGAGAAAGAAGCAGAUGACAAAGUAGCGAGCACUGAUGAGGCUCGUCUAACCAAUAUGAAAAACCGGGCACAAGGAUUCGUGCCAUUCCUACAAGAGGCAGUUGAUCGGAUUCCUGCUGGAACCCCGGUUACUGAAAUCAAGCUAGCAGAUUGGGAGUGUCUCCCUUGGGAUAACCACAGUGGUCGAGUUACACUAGCGGGUGAUGCAGCGCAUGCGAUGACAAUGUAUCGCGGGGAAGCCGCAAAUCAUGGAAUUCUCGAUGCAUACCGUUUAUCGGAGGCUAUUGAGGAGAUCCAUCGCGGGACUUCAAAACCGUCAAUCGCAAUCGAUGGAUAUGAGAAGGAAAUGAGAGAUCGUACGAGUCGUGCAGUUCUCCUUAGUCGCCAAGCCUGUAAAGAUGCCCAUGACUGGAGCAGACUGGAUGAGACAUCAGCAAUACUGACGAAGCGGGCUGUCGUCGCGAUUUGA